UCCUCGGGGCUAGGACCAGGAAGCGCUGGGGGGACCGGAGCGGAGUUGAGACUGAAGCCAGGAUGGUGGCGUCCUCGCUGAAGCUUCAGGAACUAAUCCAGGAGAUUCGUGAGGCCAAGACCCAGGCCCAGGAGCGGGAGGUGAUCCAGAAAGAGUGCGCCCACAUCCGGGCCUCCUUCCGCGAUGGGGACCCUCUGCACAGCCACCGCCAGCUGGCCAAACUGCUCUACGCCCACAUGUUAGGCUACCCCGCCCACUUUGGACAGGUACUGGGCGUGGACGCCUCCCGUCCGAGUUUGACGAGAGAAGCUGGUGGGGCACGGUAUCGAACACCCCCCUCACUUACUUGUUUCUCGAUUUCUUUAUUCUGCGGAGUUUCUGGGCCCUCACAGUGUGUACCGCAGAUCUUGCCCUUUACAACCCCAACUGGUCAUCAGAUGGACUGAAAACCCCUCGUUCUCUGGCCAGCGCCAUUCAAGGCCCCUCCUCUUCUCCUCCCACUCUUCUGUUUCCUUGAAACUAACUGAAUCUCCUAAACCCUAUUCUUGUUGAAGGGGGCGGUCCUGGGGUAUGCUGACCCCACAGGUUAAUCUGGUGUAAAGGAGGAAGAUAGAAAAGUGCCUCCGGUUUCACCCCUAUCCCUUCGUGGUCUGCCCCCUUCCCUGUAGAUGGAGUGCCUGAAACUGAUCGCCUCCCCCAGGUUCACAGACAAGAGGGUGGGCUACCUGGGGGCCAUGCUUCUACUGGAUGAGAGGCAGGAUGCCCACCUGCUCAUUACCAACAGCAUCAAGAAGUGAGAGGGUUCUGGGAAGCACUUGGAAUCAGGGAGAUGGGAGAGUGGGGAACGGGGAAAUCCCAGGGGUUUGCCUGCUGUAGGUACUGGGAAGGACUGGACUCCUCAGAGGCUUGGCUGACUGUACUCCCCAAACUCCUCAGCGACCUGAGCCAGGGGAUUGAGGCUGUCCAAGGCCUGGCCUUGUGCACGCUGAGCACCAUGGGCUCUGCUGAGAUGUGCCGGGACUUGGCCCCAGAGGUGGAGAAGCUGCUCCUGCAGCCCAGCGCCUAUGUGCGCAAGAAGACCUCUGCAGGCUGUUCUGACUGCAGUGCACAUGAUCCGGAAGGUCCCCGAACUCUCUGACAUCUUCCUCCCACCCUGUGCCCAGCUGCUUCAUGAACGCCACCAUGGCAUCCUGCUGGGCACUGUCACGCUGAUCACUGAGCUCUGCGAACGAAGCCCUGCAGCCCUCAAGCACUUUCGCAAGGUGGUACCCCAGCUGGUGCACACCCUCCGGACUCUGGUGAUGACAGGAUGCUCCACAGAACACAGCGUAUCUGGAGUCAGCGACCCAUUCCUGCAGGUCCAGAUACUUCGUCUGCUUCGGAUUCUGGGCCGGAACCACGAGGAGAGCAGUGAGACCAUGAAUGACUUGCUGGCCCAGGUAGCCACAAACACAGACGCCAGCCGAAAUGCAGGCAGCGCGGUUCUGUUUGAGACGGUGUUGACUAUCAUGGACAUCCGCUCUGCCGCGGGCCUGAGGGUUCUAGCUGUCAACAUCCUUGGCCGCUUCCUACUCAACAGUGACAGGAACAUUAGAUAUGUGGCCCUGACGUCCUUGCUGAAGCUGGUGCAGUCUGAUCACAGCGCAGUGCAGCGGCACCGGCCCACCGUGGUGGAAUGUCUGCGGGAACCUGACGCCUCCCUCAGCCGGCGGGCCCUGGAACUGAGCCUGGCCCUGGUGAACAGCUCCAACGUGCGGACCAUGACCCAGGAGCUGCAGGGCUUUCUGGAGUCCUGCCCCCCUGAUCUUCGGGCUGACUGUGCCUCCGGCAUCCUACUGGCAGCAGAGAGGUUUGCCCCAACCAAGCGGUGGCACAUAGAUACCAUCCUCCGUGUGCUGACGACGGCAGGCACCUAUGUGCGCGAUGAUGCGGUGGCCAACCUGAUCCAGCUGAUUGGGGGCGCCCAGGAGCUCCACGCCUACUCCGUGCGCCGCCUCUACAGCGCCCUGGCUGAGGACAUCUCCCAGCAACCACUGGUGCAGGUGGCAGCCUGGUGCAUCGGGGAAUACGGAGAUCUCCUGCUGGAGGGGACCUGUGAGGAGACUGAGCCCCUGCAGGUGGGCCCUGCGUUGGGGGUACACAGAGGAGGGACAUGUGAGGGGAGGCAGGGCCGGCCCCAGGGUCACUCUCUGUGUCCUCCCCCCCUCCGGAAGGUGGAGGAAGACGUGGUGUUGGCACUGCUGGAAAGGGUGCUUCAGUCUCAUAUGUCCCUGCCGGCCACCAGGGGAUAUGCCCUCACGGCCCUCAUGAAGCUUAGCACCCGGCUCCAUGGGGACAACAACCGCAUCUGCCAGGUGAUGUCCAUCUACGGGAGCUGCCAGGACGUGGAGCUGCAGCAGCGGGCAGUGGAGUACAACGCCCUCUUCCGGAAGUACGACCACUUGAGGGCUGCCGUCCUGGAAAAGAUGCCUCUUGUGGAGCGGGGUGGCCCUCAGGUCAAUGAGGAAGCAAAGGAAAGCAAAGAAGUAGCCCAGCUUUCAGAAGCAGCCCCCGUCCCCACGGAGACCCAGGUGAGGGGGCCAGGGUACCCCGGGGGGAAGAGCAUGGUCCAGCUUCCAUACCCAGCCCUGACCCUUCUGCCCUCUCUCCAGGCCUCAAAGCUCUUGGAUCUGUUAGAUCUCCUGGAUGGCCCUUCUGAGAAUGCCCAGCACCCUCCCCCUCUGGAUCCCACCCCAGGAGACACUUUGAUACACCUCCUUGACCUUCCCUGCACUCCCCUACCCUCUGCUCCCAUCCCAAAUCUCAAAGUAUUUGAGCGUGAAGGACUUCAGCUGACUCUUUCUUUUGUUCGACCCCCUGGAACCCCUACUUUGCUGUUAAUCACUGUCACUGCCACCAACACCUCAGGGGGUGACGUCACCCACUUCAUCUGCCAGGUGGCUGUGCCCAAGAGUUUCCAGCUGCAGCUACAGGCCCCCAGUGGAGACACCGUUCCAGCCCAGGGUGGCCUUCCGAUGACCCAGCUGCUCAGAAUCCUCAAUCCUAACAAGGCCCCCUUGCGGCUGAAGUUGCGCCUCACCUACGACCACUUUGGCCAGUCGGUACAAGAAAUCUUUGAGGUGAACAACUUGCCUGUGGAGACAUGGCAAUAACUCAGCCUCCACUCAAAACCUGAAGUCCUCCCGUGUCCCCACAUCAGGAGCCCCAGCUACUUGGAGCCAUAUCUGAGGGUGACCAGCAGGUGGCACUCUGGUCCUGUGCUUGCUGCUGCAGAAACUGGGGUGGGGGGGAACCCCACAAAUGAUGAAAGCCCAAUAAAGCCCAUGGGGGCAAAGCCAUA